AUGUCUGCAAAGAUUCCCGCCAUUUGUCGCGACCGGGUCAGCGACAAGGCCAAGAAGACCUUGGAUCUGGUCGCCAAGUUCGCCGAGGAGGAAUGCAUCCCUGCCGACCCCGUGUUCGAGGCCCAGGUUGGCCAAGGUGAAGCACGCUGGGACGCCCACCCUGCCAUCCUAGAGGAGUUGAAGAAGAAGGCCAGGUCCCAAGGUCUUUGGAACCUCUUCUUCCCUAAGGGUCACUACAAGGAGUCGCCUGGCUUCAGCAACCUCGAGUAUGGACUCAUGGCGGAAUGGCUUGGCAGGUCAAGGAUUGCCUCCGAGGCGGUCAACUGCUCCGCCCCCGACACUGGCAACAUGGAGGUGCUGGCCAGGUUCGGCAAUGAGGCCCAGAAAGCCGAAUGGCUGAAGCCGCUCAUGGAGGGUCAGAUCCGCUCCGCGUUUCUCAUGACCGAGCCUCAGGUCGCUUCGUCUGACGCGAAGAACAUUGAGAUGAGCAUCAGGCGCGAAGGCAACGAGUACGUCUUGAAUGGCCAAAAAUGGUGGUCUAGCGGAGCCGGAGACAAGCGAUGCAAGCUCUACAUCGUUAUGGGAAAGAUCGAGGGCAGUGGCAACGACCCGUACAGGCAGCAGUCCGUCAUUCUGGUUCCCUCCAACACCAAGGGCAUCACCAUCCAUCGCAUGUUGAGUGUCUACGGUUAUGAUGACGCUCCCCACGGUCACGGCCACCUCACCUUCGAGAACGUCCGUGUGCCUGCUAGCAACCUGGUCCUUGGCGAGGGCAGGGGCUUCGAGAUCAUCCAGGGACGCCUGGGACCUGGUCGAAUUCACCACGCUAUGCGUACCAUUGGUGCGGCCGAGAGAGCAUUGGAGUGGAUGCUCAUGAGGGUCAACGAUAAGAGGAAAAUGCCCUUCGGCAAGCUCCUCAAGGAUCAAGGUGUCAUUCUGGAAUGGAUCGCCAGGUCGCGUGUUGAAAUCGAUGCCGCACGCCUCGUCGUUCUCAACGCUGCCAUCAAGAUGGACGAGCACGGUCCCAAGGCCGCGUUGACCGAGAUCGCACAGGCCAAGGUAUUGGUGCCCAACAUGGCCCUCACGGUCAUUGACAGGGCCGUGCAGGCGUUUGGCGGCGGCGGUAUCUGCCAGGACACGCCGCUUGCAAACAUGUGGGCGCAGAUCCGCACGCUCAAGUUUGCCGAUGGCCCUGACGAGGUGCACCUGAACCAGAUGGGGAGGAAUGAGAACAAGAGGGGACAGGAGGUCACGGCCAAGAUCCAGGCGCAGGAACAGAAGACGCUGGAGCUUCUGCGAAAGGCCAACCUGACCAAGCUCGAGCCGGGCACCACGGUCCAAUCGAGGUUUGCUAAGCUCUAA